AUGCAGAAUUCGACGGCAGGUCUACGAAUUCCUGCAGCUCCGACUUUCCCUCUGUCAUCUCCGAUCACAGAGGAGAUUCCGAGCCCGGUGCCGUCAUCUCCAGAGGACCAUGACAUGGAAAGGAAUCGACCUUUUGCUUUUCUGAAUAAGACAACACGCAGAAAUAACCCUUUCAUACGCGAAGGAAGUUAUGAUAAGCACACUCAGUCACAGGAAGCAGUAGAUGAGACGGGGGUAUCUUAUCAGGCAAAUCCGAACCAAGAGGACUUAAGCAAUCUUGGGCUCUACACAGGGAAGAGCUCAGGACGGCCUGUUGGGUUGAGCUUGGUUACGGACUUCUCUCACUCUACAUCAAAGGCACCUGAAGAUGGAUCAGUGCCGACUCUCGUGGAUUUAAAUGACUUGAAGGCUCUCUCUGAGGUGCGGGAACAGGAAAGGAAUACACAUACUCUUAAAGGGAUAUUGAAGAAAGUCCCCGGUCAGGACUACGACCAAAAGUCUGUGAAACCGUCCGUAUUCGACAACAAACGACUAUCUUACUUCAACAUCAGGCGGAAAAAGAAGGGAAAUGACGACCUGUCGCCAUCCGAUCGACCGAUUAUGAUUGGACUAAGCAUGCCAUCUGAUGAAUCCUUAAGUACUCAAGGAAGAGGGCUAACAGUAAAUACUGGCCAUGCCCAACGAGCGGCACUGACUCCCUCGAUAAUUGUGACUCCGGCCAAGGAAGACACAUUUUGGACAGGCCUUGACACGACUCAUCCUCGUCCUAGGAUAGCGUCUAGCAUCUACUCUCAACCAACGCCGUAUCCCGAUGAAAAUGACAGCGACCUUGACAUUCCACCUGUGCCUGCUAUUCCUAAUUAUGCCUUCUUGGCGCAUAAUGAGAACCCGAGCACGAAUAUGAACACUGAGUCUACACAAAGCCAAUUUGUAUCCGCAGCAGGGAGACAACGCUCCCUCUCGACUGGCACUCUGUUUGAAGAAGAUGACGUGCGACGGGAGAGCCGCUCUCGGUCAUAUUCCAGCGGGACUGUCAAAAAGAUUCCGGAUAGGUUAAGCAUCAACACUGAAACCAACAGGCAUCAGUCACAGGGUUGGUGGACUUACUUGCUCUCACCUUUGCUGAGUCGUUACAGCACAGCCAUGGGUCCCACCACCCCAACUGAGGCUGCCAGACCACCAGUUCCCAGUAUCGCAACGGAGUCAAGGGAAUCGAGUGACGAGUGGUGGGAAAAGGAAGUAUCCAGCUUCUCGCCCGAUACGCCAGAAGCCAUCAUACCUCAUCAUAAGGAAUUGCCACCUGACUGGACAGAUGCUAGUUUGGACCCCUCUGACGAGAAAAGACUGAGUAUUCAAGACCAACGUGUCGAACGAGAGCGAAAUGCCACAUCCUUUAUGUUCCCGGGAAGGCCAAUCCAGGGCUCUGCGGCUGAAUACUACCAAGCCUGCGCACACGAAUUGUUCAGCGGACGGCCGUACUUUGAAUGCGUCAACCAUGUCUGCUCUAUAACACCCAAGGACAAGAUUCCCGGCUAUACCGAGGGUACAGUUGUGGGUUCCUCAGAUAACAGGAGUCUUCUGAUUGACGUUGGGGACAUGCCACAAAACGAAGUUCCUGGCUUGAGAGCUGUUCCCACUACUUCGGAGCCACGCACUGUGUAUGAACCGAGUGUAAUGGAUAAGGGAGUAGAGGCCACCCUUGACAAUCUUCAGGACGAUGAUCCGGUUGGAAAAGCUAGCUCGAGGGGGGUACCUCCGUCUGAGCAUCCAACGAUCCAACCUCCCCCCACCCUGCGUCCUCUGAGCGAGUAUCCUCCGACCGAGCACCCUCCAAGUGAGCACCCUCCAAGUGAGCACCCUCCUAGCGAACAUCCUCCUAGCGAACAUCCUCCCAGCGAGCAUCCCCCGAGUGAACAUCCUCCGGCUGGUCAACCUCCAGUUGACAACAAUCCAAAUCAGCCUAUUCCUGAUGAAGGGUCACGGGAAUUGCCUCAGGAAGCCUUUCCAACAUCACAUGCCGGAGGAGAAACUGGAGAAUUAGCACCGCCUCCAAACAGUCAAAGCGAGAGGAAGACGUCUUGGCCUAUCUUUCAGCCAAUUAUCCAGCCAGUCAUUCAACCAGCGCCGCAGCCAGUACCUCAGCCAGCCAUUCAACCAAUAAUAGUGCAAGCUCCUCAACCGGUUGCUCAACCUGCCCCUCCAACUCAGACCUUCCAUGUCCAUCCUGCUACUGUCCCAUCGCCGAUUCUCAUAGCACCCCAUGGGCACCAGCAUCCAGCAUUUCCUCAAGAACAGCAGACUGAACCACAGCCUGAACCACAGCCCCCUAACCCUACGUCUCCUGGCCUCCAACAAGCCACCGUGAGGGGUGGCUCAAUUCCGCUAUCUGACAUGCAUACUACCCCGGCUCCUGCAUAUACAUCCAACCACAAUAGCUCCUCGACCCCAGCGCCUACAUAUACUUCCCCCUACACUGGCUCUAUGCCUCGCAUGGAGCCUCAUCCACUCCCACAAGAGGGAAUGACACAUACCACCACAGAGAGAGAGAUAAUCGAGAUACGACGGAAAACGUUAGAGACAGAAGACAAGAAGAAGAAGAAAAAGAAGUUUGGCUUGUUGUUCUGCUGUUGCUGUUGCGGUGGUGACCGGUCUCAUAAAAACGGCUGUUUCGGUAGGAAAGACAAGGACAAGAAGGUCAAACGUCGGUGGUACCUAGCUAUCCUCACGUCCUUCCUCAUAAUAAUAGCGAUUAUCCUCCUUCUAGUCAUGACCUUGACAGGAAAAGGCGACUCAACUCCAGUGGAGUCUCAGUGGCUCAACCUCACCGGCUAUCCACCGAUGCCCACUGGUAUCGCAACAAUUGCCGGACCAAAGCCUCAGGUACAGCAGUCAGGAUGCAUAACUCCAUCCACCCUUUGGAGCUGUGCUCUACCACCAGAGGAACAAUCCGCCAACAAGCCCUACGCGGCCAAUGAGCCCAACUUCCGCGUGGAAAUACGAUUCCGCAAUGGCACCUACCCUAACAGCACCACAAUUGCCUCACGAUCCAGCAAAACCCUCUCCUCACGGAGCUCCGAUAACCCCUACAGUCCAUCUCCAUCCCCACCAAGCAUGAAAGACCAGACCUUCCUCGGCAACACAACAGACAACAACACCGUCCCCUACGCUGGCGAGGAAACCCCCUUCUACAUGACCUUCCUCUCAACCAGCACCCUAACAUCCACAUCCACCUUUCGCCUGGCGCGAAGAUCCUCCGACAGCUCCUUCCCUAACCUCGCAACAAUUAUCCCCUCCCCAGACGAAGAUUCCGACGGAACCGCCGCCGCCGCAGAUCUAUACCCAAUGCCCUCCUCCCAACCAGUCCGUCUCUACAACCGCGGCCUCAACACAGAACACUAUGGCUUCUACACCUACUUCGACCGCUCCAUCUUCCUCUCCUCCCGAGCCCCCCUCGACGGCAACACAACCGACACAAACCCCAACGACCGAAACGGCGGAUCCAACGAAUCUGACGCCCGCGUCCGCUGCACCUGGUCCCAGACCCGCUUCCUCGUCCAAAUCUGGACGCGCUCCAACGACACACUCCUGGAGAAUGCAACGGCCACGUCCACAGCGUCAGCAACUGCAUCAACAGCAACAGCAACAGCCACAACAACGCCUUCCUCCGCGAAUGACUGGACCCGGCCCGGAUCCUUUCCUUACCCUGUCACCAUAACUCUAGACCGCCAUGGAGGAGACGCUAAAGAGAAAAUGGUCUACUGUUAUGGCAUGGAGAGCGGCGAGCAGAUCAACUCAACGGAAGUCAAGUUGCAGCUCGAGGAUCGAUCAUACGGUGGGACGCUGGUAAAUCCGGCCCCGGGGAUUUUCGACUUAUAUGGUAAUUCGUCGACGGACGCUACGGGGGAUUAUGGGGGCGUUGAUGGGGGAAGUGGAGGGUGUUCCUGUAAGUGGGCGAAUUGGGUAUCAAGUUCAUGAGGAGUUGAUGGUAGGAUCAAAAGGAUAUGACUUCCCAAGUUGGAACGAAAAGAGGAAUGACAUGUCAGCUUUAGUUGUCUUGGUUGAUGAUUGCAUAUAUGCAUGGUUGCAUCUGUAUGGGGAGUAAUGACUCGAAGAUGAUAAAACUACGGUGCAGAUGCAGUAUAAUAUACCACUACAA